AUGUCAUCCAACGACUACUACCAAUCCCAACCGCAGCACUCCGAACACCCCCAGUACCCCCAGCAGCAGUCCCAGGCGCACCCCCAGCAAGAACAACCCCCUCCAAACCCGCCACCCCGCCGCACCGGCACCGACGUCGCGCUCCCCCAGGGCAGCGACCGCAGCCACCAGGUCGAAGUCAUGCAGAGCUACGAGAUGUCGCGCACGCGGCCGGAGACCGAGGACGAGCAGAACCAGGCGAUCCUGCAGCGCGAGUUUCCCAAGAUCGAUAGCAGCUUGAUUGCGGCGCUGUAUGGGGAUAGUCAGAGUUUGAGCGCGACGAGGGAGAUGCUUAUGGAGUUGAGCUCGACUGAGGGGUAG